AUGGAAGAUGAGGAGGUCGCUGAAAGCUGGGAGGAGGCGGCAGACAGCGGGGAAAUAGACAGACGGUUGGAAAAAAAACUGAAGAUCACACAAAAGGAGAGCAGGAAAUCCAAAUCUCCUCCCAAAGUGCCCAUUGUGAUUCAGGACGAUAGCCUUCCCACGGGCCCCCCUCCACAGAUCCGCAUCCUCAAGAGGCCCACCAGCAACGGUGUGGUCAGCGGCCCCAACUCCGCCAGCAGGCCGGCCCUCCCGGUCAAGUCCCUGGCGCAGCGGGAGGCAGAGUACGCGGAGGCCCGGAAGCGGAUCCUCGGCAGCGCCAGCCCAGAGGAGGAGCAGGAGAAGCCCAUCCUCGACCGGCCGACCCGGAUCUCCCAGCCGGAAGACAGCCGGCAGCCCAACAAUGUGAUCAGACAGCCUCUGGGUCCCGAUGGGUCCCAAGGCUUCAAACAGCGCAGAUAA